CCAAGGAUAGAACCACUAACCAGAUAUUAAAGAUGCGGUGGAGUCUGUUUCUGCUUCUGAUGGGUCAGUGUUUCGUCUCCACCUGUUACCUGUAUGAGUACCACUUUAUUAGAGAAGACAAAACCUGGGAAGAAGCACAGAAAUACUGCAGAGAGAAUUAUGCAGACCUGGCCAGCGUGUUUGACAUGGCAGACAUGGAGAGACUGCGUGAAUCCAAAGAGUAUGAAGGAAAGAAGAGAGACGGUAAAUCGAUCCAUUUGAUUGAGGAGAAGAUAACCUGGACAAAGGCUCAGAACUACUGCAGAGAUCACUACACUGACCUGGCCAGUGGACUCGAUCAGGUGGAUGGGCAAGAAUUUAAGAUCCUGAAUAAGUCCGAGAGCCCUCUGAUGAAUGUGUGGAUCGGCCUGUUCAGAGACACCUGGAGGUGGUCAGAUGGAAGUAAUUUCUCUUUCAGGCACUGGGAUAUGGAGUCAUUUAAUGACGGACAAAACAGGAAAUGUGCUGUGACUCUGUUAAACAGAUCAGGAAAAUGGAGCUCUGAUGAAUGCAACAAUAAAAAUCCUUUCUUCUGUUAUGGUGAUAAAUUGAUUCUGAUCAAUGAAAACAAGACCUGGGAGGAAGCCUUGGAUUACUGCAGACUGCACCACACUGACCUGGUCUCCAUCACUAACCCUCACUAA